CCUCCCUCUUUUUGUCGCCCCCCCCCACCUCCCCUCCUCCUCUAUUGAGAUAUUUCUAUAUAACUAAUUAUACAUUUAGAGAGGCAGAUCAAGGGAAGAGAGGGAGGGGGAUGGCGAUCCUCUACGCUCUGGUGGCGCGGGGGUCGGUAGUGCUGGUGGAGUUCAGCGGGGCGGCCACGAACGCGAGCGCCGUAGCGCGACAGAUCCUGGAACGCAUCCCCGGUGACCAAGACACGCACGUCUCCUACUCCCAGGACCGCUACGUCUUCCACGUCAAGCGCACCGACGGCAUCACCGUCCUCUGCGUCGCCGACGACACAGCUGGCAGACGAAUCCCUUUUGCAUUUCUUGAGGAUAUUCAUGGAAGAUUUGUCAAGACAUAUGGUCGUGCUUGUCAUAUAGCUCCUGCUUAUGGAAUGAAUGAUGAGUUUUCCAGGGUUUUGGGUCAACAGAUAGAUUACUAUACAAAUGACCCUGAUGCAGAUAGGAUGAAUCGCAUCAAGGGUGAGAUGAGCCAGGUACGCAACGUCAUGAUAGAGAAUAUUGACAAAGUACUAGAAAGAGGAGAACGAUUGGAAUUGCUGGUUGACAAAACUGCAAACAUGCAAGGAAAUACAGUUCGCUUUAGAAAACAAGCCCGUCGUUUUCGGAAUACUGUCUGGUGGCGAAAUGUUAAGCUCACGGUUGCUCUGAUAUUACUUAUCCUGGUUAUAAUUUACAUCGUGCUUGCGUUUGUAUGCCAUGGCAUCACUUUGCCAUCCUGUAUCAGGUAGAGCGCGUUGUGAUUUUGUUUUUACCUUUUUCCAUGAUUGGUUUAAUGUCGUGAACCAACAACUAUUGAGCGUGCGCCAUGCAUUAUAUUGAUUUGAGUUUCCCCACUUUGUGGACGUUGUUAGACAAAUUUAUUAUUACGUGGUAUGUGCCUCCACUUGUGGCAAGAUCUGUAACUAAGAUGGUGCUCGAUACUAUUUAUUAUUUCAGUUCAUCUCUACUGGAUAUGAAUUGCAGAGAUAUCAGAUGGGCCUUUUAUUUGUGUA